ACCACAGACUGCAUCAUUUAUAAAGAAAAGAAAUUUAUUUUUCACAGUUCUGGAGACUGGGAAGUACAAGAGCAUGGAGCCAGCAUCUGGUGACAGUCAUCCCAUGACAGAAAGGCAGGUGUUUCCAACUCAGGUCCUAGCUGACUCUGCCACCACCAAGCAGGAUGGGGUUCCCCAGCUGACACCUGCCCCCCAGCGAUGGAGGCACAGCCCCGAGGACGGUUUGUGUCCACCAGGUACAUUCUAUGAUCCUUUCUCCUCUUCUCCUGCCUCCACGAGCUUCCAGGCUCUGCCUCCUGAACUCCUGGUUUGUUAUUGCAGGGAUUUAUCAGAUGCCUUCGGUGAGUCAAGCACUGUGUAUGGGAGAUGGAAAUACAUCGCCUGCUGCCCAAGGGCUUCUACAGGUGGCAAGAGAACCCAUAUGUCGGAAGAUAGUAGAGAUUGUCCCUCCUGCAUUUAUGGAGUAGACUACACCACUCAUCGGAAUGCCCUCCCUUCCUGCCUACUUUGUUCCAUUUGUAAUUCAGAUGAAGAGGAGAGCAGUCCCUGCACCAUGACCGCAAACAGAGAGUGUCAGUGCAAAGCAGGCACCUUCCGGGGAGAAGAUUCCCCUGAGUUCUGCCAGAAGUGCCGCACUCGGUGCCCUGAUGGCAUGGUCGAGAAUAGAACUUGUACACCCUGGAGUGACCUUGUGUGUGUCCCCAAAGGAUCAGGUACUAAGACGUCUGGGGAAGCCCCGAGUCCUAGAGGGUCAGUGACCACCAGCUCGGACAAUUCCACCUCUCCCUUCUCUUCCUCAGGCAGUGGGCUCCAGCCAGGAAAGAGCGAAGCUAUUGUUAUUGUGGUCGGAGUUUUGGUGUUAUCGCUGGUGCUGAUAGGUCUUUCUUGCUGGUGCACCUGCACAGGAUGCUGCAAGGCCCUCAAGAGGAAGUUCUCCUGCUACGGGAGGUCCCCAGGAGGGGCUGAGGAUGAGGACAAUUCCUGCAACGAGAUCCUGAGCAACAGAGACUCUUGUUCCACCAUGGACUCUCAGCAGACAAUGGAAUGCCAGGAGCCAGAAGUGCUGGCAGGUGUCAUUGUAACAUCUCCAGGGAAGUCAGAGGGUCUGCUGGUACAGGGCGAGGACGGUGCCUCGGCUGUCCUGACCCAGGGUAAAGUGGAGCCUUAG